AUGAAGUAUGCGGUUAAAACUGUUGGUGCAAUCAGUUACACAGUGAUAUUAGUUGUUAUUACUGGUGGCUAUAAUGUAACUAGUCAGGUUAACUUUUCACCGAUUCCUGCCGUAUCACCUCCACAAUUAGCAAGUAAUCAGGUACCUUAUUGGAUACUCGACAGCAUGGCAGUUUCUCGUAAAAAUAAUAGCGUAGUACGAGGAGCAUUCAAUUUACUUUUAUUCUCUAUGGUUAUAAUGCCAGGUGCAAGACAGUCGUAUUCAGCUCAACUUUAUGUUUUACAAAUCACGAAUAUUGUAACUUUUAUGCAACCGAAAAUUAUUCUUACCGGUCUAGCUGUUUGUACAUCUGACGUCUCUGUUGGUAUUGUCGGUGGUAAUACUUUAAACUUAGGUGCGGGUUCACAAUUCUUUGAUGGUAGUGAAAGUGUAUCGAAUUCAAUGAAAGAAAGAUCAGCAAUUAACUUUCUUGUGCCCUUAAAUGUCAAUACACUAGCAUCUUCAAUUGUUUCAGUAAGUGUUACAAUUAAGUAUGGGACACAAUCAUCUCAAACCUUUGUCAGUUUACCUGUAAUGGGAUCUGAAUUGGGUAUACCUCAAACUUCUGUCAGUUAUCAGAUAGAUGCCAUUGAUUUCCAAGACAGACCAUAUGAACGUAAUUCUCUUGUUGCACCUGGACAAACUGUUCGAAUUUAUAAUAGAUUCGGUCUUCCAAACACUAUGUGCACAACGUUCUCAUUUGAAUUUACUAUGUCGUCCAGCCCAUGGCCUAUUGAUUUUCUUGAUGCACGACUAAUUAGCUAUGGUGGCUAUUUAUGGUUCCCUAGUACUGUUAAUCCUUUAAUAACUAAAUCAGGUUCGCCAACGACUAACAAGAUCAUAAUGGACUUAGGAUCAAUAUGUGUUCCGGAAACAUAUGAAAAUCUGGUCCGCAUCGAUUUAUUUUUUCGCCCAAGGAAUAAUUUUUCAAUAAGUACUGUAAAUGGGAAUAUAAAUGUAUCGAUUCAAAGUUUACUUACAGUGGGUACUCUGUCUGGUCCACUAGCUUUAUCAAAAGGCAGUUUCGUGUUUAACAAGGACGCACUCAUGCAAGAAAGUAUGGUUAAAUUGUCAUCAUUCGGUGACGACAAGUAUAAACCUAUUAUCAAAAAUAUUACUAAUGGAAUUUCUUUUCAACCACGUGUAUGGACAAAUUUCACAUUUAGAGUACAAGUACCAUUUUCUUCCUAUCUGCCUAAUUCAUCCAUCUUCGUGGGUGGUGCUAAUUCUAGUGCAGAGAAUGAAUCAAUUUUUACUAUUAGCGGUGCAUUUUUAACGUUUGGAUCUAAUUUGGCUGCAUUACGAUUGGACGAAUUUGAACAGUCGUAUUCGUCUACUUACAUGAAUGGACAGAAAGAUUUGUUGGAAAUAAAAUUGGGAAACGUUGUCAAUACAGGUAUUCUUUUACAACCAGAUUCAACUAGUAUAGGUGAAAAUGAUAUAGCGGUUCAAGUAUCAAUUCGUUUAUCUGAUAGUAAACUGAGUGAUAAUGGAACAAAUGUUUCGCUGCCCAUUCGAGUUAAAUUUGGUAGCCUUGAAGCAGUCAGUCAAAUGGAAGGCAAAGUGUUUAGAAUUGGAAAUGAAUUCCUCGAUUUACAAAUGGACAUUAUAAAUUUAGAUCAAAAUUUGACUGGCAUAGUAUAUAAUCCAAAUGAUACAAUAAAUUUGAAAGCUAAAAUCCAAAUGAUGAAUAAUUCUAAAAGGGAAUGUGGAAAAAUAUCGCUAAAUAUUUAUCACAGUUUAGCUGUAAAAUCAGCAGAAAUUUUAUACUCCAUCCCAUCAGACUCUGUUCAAUUCAAACGAAAUGAAACAAUCACUGAUAGGGGAUUCACACGUUUUGUAGCAAGUGGAUUUUAUUUUGAUAGCAAUAUAGAUCUUUACUUAAAACUACAGCUAAAUGAUAAGAUAUUCAUUCCAAGUGGUAAAACAGAAGCAAAUCUAAUAAUAGUUGCUGAACUUGUUUGUAUUACAUAUGAUCGGGACAAAACUCUGUUAAAUUCAUGCAAAAAUUCGACAUUGAAAAGAAUCAUGAAGAAAAUUGUAGUUAAAGCUAAACAACAACAAAAUAUGGCGGAUUGUGAAGAAAAUUUGGGUCUGUCCAACAGUCAAAUAAUUCGACCAUGCCAGAUAACUUCAUACGUGUCACCAUUUGUUGGAUAUGCAGAAGAGCAAAUUAGAUCCCAGUCAACAUUCGGUUGGAAACCAUUUGUUCGUCCAGGAUCGCAUGAUCCUUUACGUUAUAUUACUAUUUUAUUUGGACAACAAACGAAUAUCAGUCGAAUUGAUAUUAAUCUGAUAAACACAGCUAAUCAAGUUACAAUGUUCCAUUUGAUGGGGACUAAUGACGGUCGAUCGUUCUUUGAUUUCAAAACAGUGACAGUCUCCUAUUUCAAUCAAAGUUACGGUCGCAUAUUUCUUCAGCCUAAAUUUGUUUCAAGAGGAAUACGCAUAAUUGUCAGUGAGACAACAAAUGAAGAUAAUGAUAUUGCUUUUACCCUUGAACUUUAUGGAUGCAGACUUAAUUUGGAUACAAACACAUUUGAUCCAUGUAGUGUUCAAAAUAGUUAUGAAACUUCAUCAAACAACGGUCUACGAAGUUAUCUUUAUGCCAAUGGUUACCUUUUCUAUUGUGAUGAAUUUCCAAAAACAAUAAAAUCAUACCUUACAGAAAAACGAUGUUUCGUGACCUACAACAAUGCUGACAUGAAAUGGACAGACUUAGGGCCAUUUAUUACAAAAAUUUUGAGUUACAUAAGCCCCAGCAACAUAAUAUUUGCUCAAGGUCAAAAUGAAAACAUCAUUUUAUUGAGUAAUAAUUACGGAGAAAGCUGGCGAUCUACAAAUUUAUAUACACAAAUAAAAAUGACUAGAGAUGCAAGUUAUUACAUUAAUUCAACUAACAUACCAUGGACUUAUGCUGCUGGAUAUUUUGAACGAAGUAUUACUGGCAUAUCGUGUCAGUUAUAUCAACAAAGUCCAUUUCAGUUUUGCUUUCAAGGCAUAUACAAAACUAGUACAAUGAUAUCUGAUUGGAAUAGAAUAUGUCCACUACUUCCAUGACGAAAAGACCAGUCUAAAAAUUAAACGAUGGUGUAACAAGGAAUUUUUGUGCAGUU